AGUAUAGAGUGUGGUGUAUGGUACUCACUCAUGUGUGCUACAGGAAGUGGUACGCUUCUGUUUUUUCUCUCAUGUUAUAAACAAGAUUGUAUAUAAAAUAUAAACAAAGUUUGAAUAAAGUUUCUUGUUAGUGCAUUAACAAGAAGAAGAUGAAACAAGUAUUAUUCACGAUCUUUCUCUUAACCAUUUUAGCGAAGGGCAACAGCUUAUACUGUUACAGAUGUAACAGUAAUCAUCCUGGAUGUGGAACACCCUUAAAUUGGUUAUGGUAUUGGGGGGAAACUUGCCCAGAGUACGACGACAAGUGUGUAAAGAUAAUCGAACGGAAAGGAGCGGAAACAAUCAUUACUCGCGAAUGCCUAAGCUCCGUACGUAGUUUUAGAACGGAUAUUCCUGCGGAUCAUUACGAAGGCUGUAGACCUGCUGCUAAAGACGUGCGAUUAGGCCAUUACGUCAAUAACAGUAUUCAUCAAUUGGAUAUUCACCGUGAUUAUUACGACGAAGUCACUUGGUGUUUCUGUUACUUCGAUCACAGAUGUAACAGUGCAGAAGUUACGACCGUUUCAAUAUUAUUGGUAACUUUGGAAAUCGCUAUACAAUAUUUUAUAUCUUGAGGCGGUUGCAUACACGUAAUUUUAGGCGAGAUGGAUAUUUUAGUUUUUAUACAUUAAAGUUUAUAGCAUUUAAAAAAUUUAAACGCACAAAAGCCUUAAUAUACAAAAAUAUUAACAUACGACGUAUCUUAAAAUGGACAGCUGUCGAAAUCGAUAAAAGCUUUAUAGGUAUAUACACACAUACAUGCAUACCUAUAUACGUACGCAUAACACACGCUCACCGUGCUCCGUGUAUAUAACAGCAUAUAAUAUGCACAUGUUGCCUUUCCAACACUGAUAUGUCAGAGCUUAGAUAACAAAAAUUUAACAUUUGUCUACAUAUACAUAUAUAUAGUUAUAAUGUACUAUACUGAGCGAGCAACGUUAGAUAUUGUUUUAUUAAUAAUAUUUAUCACCUGCCAUUUGGUUCGUACAUUUUGGUGUCAAAAUCUUUAUCCGCGCGUAUUAUUUGUUUUAAUUUUAAGUGACUCAGUUUAAAGUUAUUAGUUAUUAUGAAAAUAAUAUUGUACUGGGUACAUAUUUAUUUCAAAUGACUGACGUUCUCCGCUUUUUAUACAUCCACAUUUUGUUUUAUUACACGCGCGCAUGCACACGAAUAUACAAACACUUGUAUUUAGUAUUGUUAAGUAUGUAUGUUACAUUAGGCCUGUUCGUUUUAACUGAACUUGCACGGUUCACAUUUUUUCUUUUUCUCUCCAAUGUGAAAAGAAAACAAAAGGAAAUAUGAGCCGUGCAAAAUGUUCAGCUAAAACGAACAGGCCUGUUAUUUUGAACAUUCCCUUUAAUCGUUUAUGACAUAUACUAGUAUAUUACGUAUACAUAUUGUUGAUAACUAUUUCCAUGUAACAAAAUCUAUUUAUGUGAAGAUUGCGUGAACAUGUUUUAUGUAUAGAAAUAUCAUUACAUAUCGCAAAGCCGUCCAUUAAUAUAGUAGAAGCAGAUGACAAAGAAAAUUUAAAUGACAUGUCUCGCAAAAAUAUUUCUUAUCUGUAAAAUAUAAAUUUACCGCUUUUUAGUAUUAGA